CAGAGUUUUAAAACUUUAACGAGUGCUAGUGUGUUUUGUGCUCAGUGUUGACUUUCGUACUGCUCAUAUUGGUCUUAACACGAGAGUAAAGCAGGUGUAAACUCCUUUAUUUUCCGACCUCCUGACUGUGCGAACGGGGCUGCACACUGCCACACUCAGUUGAAGUUUUCUGCAACACACACCGUGAUGAGCUUCAGUGAAAAAGUCGCAAAGUCUGGAGAGGUUCCAUUGUUUGUCUUUGAGAGACAAGAACGUGUUGAAGGUUGAGUUUUGACGAAUCUUCAGUUUUUUCUCUUUGUUUUUUAAUUUCGGUGAACAUGUUGCCAACGGUUAUUUUUGGUUAUAGACCACCUCCAUGGUGCUGGUCACUGAACCUUUGACUCCGCUUUUUUCGUUGUUGAGACGUGAAUGGUGUGAAGUGUUGGAAUGCAGUGGGAUUAUCACCUGACCUUCACUGAGAGGACAUGAACCGAUCAGCCUGUUGAAUGAAACUCUCUUUUUUUCUUCUUCUUCUGAUCUUUGCGGCAGUACAAUGCCUUUUGGUUUAUUAUGUCUACACUGAAGCACGUCUAUCUGCAGGACAAACACGGGGACGUUGAAAAGAAACAGGACUGGGACUACAUCGAAUGGGCCGAAAAUGAAGUUCUCAACACGAGAAUGGUGGACGCACAGACACAAACGGACUCAAGGUCUGUUGAGCACAAGGAAAGUCAGACCAGCAACCUUGUCGUGAUGCGUAUAGACCUUACACGGACGCACUCCAAGCUGAGGCAUUUGUCUCUGCUAGAUGAUGACAAUUUAGUAGCACCGGCGUUCCAGUUCAAUCGACAGGCCCCCGGCCGGAUCUCUACAUCCCCUACUCUGAGGAGGAUGAGGAGUACCAGGUGUUCUCUGGUGGAACCUCCAGGUUCGUUGAGGAUAAGCAAACAGGAGGACUUCUCCUCCGCAUGCUCACCAUCUACCAAAAGCACAGUUUACCCGGUACGCAGAGUCAAGUCUCCUCUCGCAGCGAACGCUCUCUCUGACGGGGAGCUCUAUUCUGAUCGUCAGCCUCAUUCGUCAUGUGGUCGACAGAGAACCAGAUCAAAGACUAUUGAAAAUGGCGUUACGUCACCAAAAAAAGAAUGUCAAAGUGCUCAUCCGGUUCUCACUAAAGAAUUUCAGUUUGCAGAUGAAUCAGUGGAGGAGAAAGACCACUCCUCUUCAAGGCUCCAGGAGAGACGACGCAGUUCUGUGGUCGUCAGUUUACCAGGAUUAGAUGUUUCACCAGGAGACCUGUUUGUAUCCAACGGAGUUGCCGAUAACAAAAAGACAAAGUGGCCUUUUUCACGGCGGAGUACGACUAAAGGGAAGUUGCAAACAGGUGCGGUGUCCAAUAUUGAAAAAUGUCUCUCAGCAGUGCAGAUUCAAGACUGGAGGAACAAUGACUUUCAGAAGUAUAAGGAAUACUCUGUGGCCGAGUUCCUGCGGGACCAGUCCUUCCAGGUGAGUGCCACCUCUCCUCCUCAGGGCUUUAAGAGCCAUGAAGCCAUCUGGGAGCUCUUCACCAGUGAGUGUGUCUACUUCCUGGAUCAGCUUAUGGUUCUCAAAGAGGUGUUUUUUGCUACACUCACAAACCUCCAGACAAAAAGUUCCUUGAUGGACAUCGACACCUGGAGGCUAUUUGCAAACCUGAAUGAGCUUUGCCUGGUGAGCUUUGGUUUUCUGAAAAACCUACUGCGCGUCAUUAAAGACACAUUGGAGGUUGCACAGGAUGGUGGGUCCGCCCUGCUGGAGCUGCUGAGCAAGGCUUUUCAGGAGAGCAUUUGUCACUGCCUUCAAAAGUACUGCCUCAACUAUUCCACUGCUGUGCUUUAUCUGGACAGCUUGAAGCCCAGAGAGGACUUUGGAUCUUACAUCAAGUGGUGUGAGCGGAACGAACAGUGCCGGCGGCUGCAGCUGCGUGACCUGUUGGUUGCACCUUUACAAAGGCUAACACGAUACCCACUGCUGUUGCGAAAUAUUGCAAAGAAAAGCCAGAUGGAGGAUGACAGCAGAGGCUAUCAGGCCAUAGCGGAGGUGGUGGACACAUCGAUAUGUGACUUAGAGGGAAAGGUCAAAUGGUUGGAAAACUACCAGAAGGUGAAGCGGCUUCGAGAUGCUCUGGUGUGGCUUCCAGUGUGGGAGAGAGACAAGCGCUCCUUCAUCCCUGAGAACCUGAAGCGUCUUCUGAAGACCGUCACUCUGGAGAAUCUUAUUUCCCACAGAAGUCUGCUGCAUGAUGGGAAACUGGUGCUGACAGAGAACGCUAAACUGGUCGAUGUUUACCUUUUCCUGUUCGAUGAAUUCCUGUUGAUCACCAAGAUCAAGAGGAACAAGAAGAGAUCUGUUGGUCCAGACCAGAAUCCUCUGAAGCUGCCCCACAACCCGGAGCUGGAUCAGCUGCUGAAGGAGGGAUGUACCUUCACCGUGCUCGACCAGCCUGUUUCUCUGGACCGACUCCAGCUCAAGAACAUCGAUCAGCUCAACGCCUCAACAUCAGGGCUUCCCCACUCUUUCAUAAUCAUGCACCAGAUCCGCUACCAGCAGUGUGUCGGAGCGUUCAUCUUCCAGGCUGCAUCGGAGUCCGUCAAGAAAGUUUGGAUGUCAAACAUAGAGGGCGCCGUCAUGACACUACUGAAGCAACAGUCUGAGCAGCCGCGGCUCAGGACCGCCUCACUGUGGCUGGAGUCUUCACAGAUAUGAGAGAACACAAACGAAGAAGCGGCUCCUCACCUGGAGGCUUUUAAAACUGACUCUGGAGCUGCUCUAGGAUUUAAACUCGGUGUUUACCUCCGUUGGCAGCUGCUACUUGUGUUUGUAAAUGCAGUGAUUAGUAAACAAACAGGUUUUGAACACUAUUUCAGGUUUUAGUCACCGUGUUGGCCUGAGGAACACGUUCACUAACAGAUGUGACAUGGAGAGAGCACAAGCGACAUGACGUCAUCAUGCAUGGUAACCAGCACUAACAGGAAGCCGACCACAGCUGUGUUGUCAAGUCCAACACAAAUGAUCCACGUAGUUUUCACUGUUGCCAUGGUUUCACAUCCACAAGUGUUGUAUAUAUUUAUUUUUGUUUUCUUUCAUUACAAACAUUUACAAAGAGAAUUAUGACUUUUUAAAUCAAGAAGCAUUUUGACAUGAGUACAUGAAACUGGAAAGGCUGAAUAGAACCGGUGGUUCUACAGCCGUGGUUUGAGUUCUGACAGAGACGCCAAGAUUAGAGUUAAGGUGCAAAUCAUCUCCACAGAUGUGGGUAAUAGUCAACUUCAACUGUGAGUGAAAUGUAGGCCGUUUAUACAAUACAGGUGGUGUCUAAGGUUCAGAAAGAGUGCUUUUCCCGUUUCCAAUCUGAGGUAGACAGAACAAAACUGAUGAAACGUUGAAAGGAAAACAGCCGUUUGACAGUUUGUAGCAGACGUGGAAAAGCGUAAAGGGCUAAUUUGGACGAGCCUGACCGCUUGUCACCAUGUCAGAUCUGCGGUUACAGCUUUCAGUGUUAUGUCAUCUCUUUCUGCCAGAGUUGGAGCAAUUGCACUAAAGAUCACACCAACAUGUGUGUCAUAAAA